AAAGCCUGAGACUCCAGCAGCCCCAAAGCCCGAGAUUCCUAGUUUCUCAAAUCCUGAGACUCCAGCAGCCCUAAAGCCCGAGAUUCCUAGUUUCUCAAAGCCUGAGACUCCAUCAACCCCAAAGCCUGAGAUUCCUAGUGUCUUAAAGCCAAAGCCCGAGACCCCUAGUUUCUCAAAGCCUGACACUCCAGCAGCAUCAAAGCCCGAGAUUCCUAGUUUCUCAAAGCCAAAGCCUGAAACUCCAGCAGCCCCAAAGCCCGAGAUUCCUAGUUUCUCAAAACCUGAGACUCCAACAACCCAAAAUCCCGAGACUCCUAGUUUCUCAAAGCCUGAGACUCCAGAAGCUCCAAAGCCUGAGAUUCCUAGUUUCUACAAGCCUGAGACUCCAGCAGCUUUAAAGCCCGGAAUUCCUAGUUUCUCCAAGCCUGACACUCCAGUAGCUCCAAAGCCCGAGAUUCCUAGUUUCUCCAAGCCUGAGACUCCAGCAGCCUCAAAACCCGAGACUCCUAGCUUCUCAAAGCCUGAGACUCCAGUAGCCUCAAAGCCCAAGACUCCUAGUUUCUCAAAGCCUGAGACACCAUCAACCUCAAAGCCCGAGAUGCCUAACUUCUCAAAUCCUGAGACUCCAACACCAUCAAAGCCCGAGACGCCUAGUUUCUCGAAGCCUGAAACUCCAGCAGCCCCAAAGACCGAGACUCCUAGCUUCUCGAAGCCUGAGACUCCAUCAGCUUCAAAGCCCGCGACUCCUCACUUCUCGAAGCCUAAGAUUUCAGAAGCCCCAAAGCCCGAGACACCUAGCUCUUCAAAGCCAGAGACUCCAGCAGCCCCAAAGCCCGAGACACCUAGCUCCUCAAAGCCUGAGACUCCAGCAGCCUCAAAGCCCGAGACUCCUAGCUCUUCAAAGCCUGAGACUCCAGCAGCCCUAAAGCCUCAGACUCCUAGCUUCUCAAAGCCCGAGACUCCUAAUUUCUCAAAACCUGAAACUCCAUCAGCCUCAAAGCCCGAGACCCCUAGUUUCGCAAAGCCUGAGAUUCCAGCAACCCCAAAGCCCAAAGUUCCUAGUUUCUCAAGUCCCCAGAUUCCCAGUUUCAGAAAGCCUGAAAGGCCAAGUGCACCAAAGCAUGAGCUAGCACCUGCGCCAUCACCCGAACUGGUAGAACUACCGGUUUUGUCAAAGCCUCAGAUCCCAAGUGUGCCAAAGUCAGAAAUUUCAAAAUUGUUUAAACAAGCAUUUUCAACUUAUCCGUGAGUACUAUGGUGUUGUUCAUGUGCCAUGACUCAUGUUGGCUAACGUACGAGUUAGAUCGCAUAUGAGUGGAUUGAAAAUUGUCUAGAUACGAAUGGAUAAAUUAUUCGACUCGCUGGUACUUCAUAAGAAUGAAUAAUGGAUUGAAUGAUGGAUAAUAUGAAUAUCCACAUAUCAUCUACUCAUAUAUUGUACAAGACUGAAUUUGCUAUCAAAUAAAGCCAACCGCUUUCUUUUUCUUGUUA